CACGAUAAAAACCAAGGAAUUGGUCUAUAUCUUUACAUAAGGCAAGAAAUCAGCUAAGAUGUUGUUGCUUGCUAUUAGUUGGUUGGUGAUAUUGGGCAGCCAUGCCCAACAUCACAAAAUCUUUCACAUGACCGGUGUCCAAGAUUGGACAGGAAAGUUUCAGGGUGAAUUUAACAUCCCUUUUACUGAACAUGUAGAUGGCUGGGAAAUGAUUAUAACAUUUAGCGUUCCUGUCACCGGAUUCUCGGAAUGGAUGGGAGAUGUUGUGAAGACUUCAACAGAUAAUCGUGUGUAUACUAUUGUUGAUAAACCCCAUGUUGGAAUACAAGAAAUCGGAAACAAGUUGCAGGUCACUGUAAGUGGUUCUUACUCCGGAAGUAAACCACCAACUGCUACAGCAGAAUUUAUUAACCUGGGAAAAGACGAUUUCAAACCAACAGAGCUUCCAAACAAGGAUCAUACAAAGUAUAAUUACGACCAAGUCUUGGAACUGUCCAUCCUGUUCUACGAAACCCAAAGAUCUGGUAAACUUCCAGCUAAUAACAGAAUACCCUGGAGAGGUGAUUCAGCUCUGGGCGAUAAAGGACAAAAUGGCGAAGACUUAACUGGAGGAUGGUACGAUGCUGGUGAUCAUGUUAAAUUUGGCCUGCCUAUGGCCUAUUCAACUACUAUAUUAACUUGGAGUUUGUUAGAAUUUAAAGAUGCUUACACAUCAUCUGGCCAACUGCAAUACAUGUAUGAUUGUAUUAAGUGGCCUCUUGAUUAUUUUCUUAAAGCACAUACAAAAGCCAAUGAGUUAUACAUUCAGGUAGGAGACGGUGGAAAAGACCACAGCUAUUGGGGUAGACCAGAGGACAUGAAAAUGGAUCGACCAUCAUACAAGCUGGACGCGUCGUGUCCAGGAAGUGAUGUGGCCGCUGAGACCGCUGCUGCAUUUGCUGCAGGAUAUAUGGUGUUUAAAACGAAAGAUCCAGCGUAUGCCAACAAGUUAUUAAAACACAGUAGAGAAUUAUAUGCUUUCGCUUUGGCUCAUCAAGGAAUCUAUACGGACUGUGUCAACGAAGCUGCCGCUUACUACAGGUCUAUGGGGUUUGAAGAUGAACUUGCUUGGGGUGGAGCAUGGUUAUAUUAUGCUACAAAAGAAGACAAAUAUCUAACAUCAGCUGAGAAAUAUCACCAACCUGGUAAAGCCUGGGGAAUGUCAUGGGACGAUAAACAGGCUGCUGAAACGGUACUUCUGUAUAAAUUAACCAAGAAAGAUAAAUAUAAACAAGAUAUAGAGGCUACUUACACAGACUGGAUGCCAGGUGGAGGAAUUCCCUAUACACCUAAAGGUCUAGCUUACAGAUUGAAAUGGGGUGCAUUGAGAUACGCAAGUAAUAUGGCUUUCAUUGCUCUAAUGGCGGCUGAAGAAGGUCUUCAUGAAACUGCAUACAGGAAAUGGGCACAAGGACAGAUUUAUUAUGCUUUGGGUGAUACUGGCAGAAGUUUCCUGAUUGGGUACGGUACAAACUACCCAAGACGACCUCAUCACAGGGGAAGCUCAUGUCCACAACGUCCUGCGCCGUGUGCAUGGUUUGACCAAACUCAACCUGGUCCAAAUCCACACAUCCUGUAUGGUGCUUUGGUUGGUGGUCCUGAUGAGCAUGAUGGUUAUAGUGAUAAGAGAGAUGAUUAUGUUCAUAAUGAAGUAGCCACUGAUUAUAACGCAGCUUUCCAGGCAGCUGUAGCUUGUCUGAAAUCACUUCACCUUCGUGGAAAAUUUACUUAAGGAUUAUAAUAAAAAGUUUUAAAAACC